ACCAUCCGUUCAUCCUCACAGUGAGUCUGAGUUUCACUUUCAUUUGCUCUGAAAGGGAACCGCCUCCGUUGUUUCGUCCUCCGCUGCUUGGUUCAGUAGAUGAGACAUGGCGUUUUCGUUCAACAACACGAAUAAAGACGCGCCACUAAAGUCCAGGGGCUUUACUUUGGGGUCAAGUUUUUCAUUUCCAGCUACUUUAUCCCAGUCCACCGACACCAAAGCAGUGGAGUCCAGUGCUCCCAUCAGUGGACCAAAGCUGAAAGAUGAAGAACUACGUGAGUUGAGAAAUGCACUCACUGCAACCCAACCUGCAAAAGGCAGAAUUAAGAAAAUGAACCAGUCUUUUAAUUUCACAAAAUAUGAGCCCAAAUUGGAAUCUCAGUGGAGAAAUGUAGAGUGGACGGAAGAGAAAAAGACCAGUCUGAUGAAGACUAUCAGUUCCUACAAGCCGAGCUGUGAUGACGUGUCUCAGGCCCGGAUUCUCCUCCUGGGUCCAGUCGGUUCUGGAAAGUCCAGUUUCAUCAGUUCAGUUCAGUCCGUGUUCGGUGGGAGAGUCACCAACCGAGCCAUGGUGGGUUCCUCCUCCAGCAGCUUCACCAGAAAGCUGCAGUCCUUCAACAUUCGCGCUCAGAAGGGAAAGGAUCCCACUGGACUGGUGCUGUGUGAUACUAUGGGCCUCGGGGACGGAGACAUGACGGGACCCACGCUCCACGACAUCCUGUCUGUGAUUAAAGGCCACGUAGCGGACGGACACAAGUUCAGCCCAGAUCAGCCAGUGAGCUCAGAGACCCCGGGCUACGUGAAGGCACCGGGUCUUAGAGGCAGAAUCCACUGCGUGGUGUUUGUGGUGGACGCCUCACAAAUACUGCAGUACCCCAAAGGCCUCAGCAGCACCUUCCAGCAGCUGCGAGAGCACAUCAGCGACCUGGGUGUUCACCAGGUGGGUCUGCUCACCCAUGUGGACAAAGUUAGUGUGGAAACAGGCAAAGAUGUCAGCCAGGUUUACCAGAGCAGCGUCGUCAAGGAGACGGUGUCUAAGGCUGCAGCUCUGUUAGGAAUGUCCACGUCCUCCAUCGUGCCUGUAAAGAACUACUCAUCAGAGCUGGACCUGGACACCAACACUGACGUUCUGCUUCUCAGCGCUGUCGACCUCAUCCUGCAGUACGCUGACUUGUAUUUCCAGGACAACGUGCAUCCAAAGAUCUAAUAUUUCAGUGAUCUGUUGUUUGUAUGUUUUUUUUUCUUUCUUAGUCUAACCAGAACUACUCUAAUUUGUCUUUAAAACAACUUCAGCAUCUGUUGUUACUGACACCACCUGUUAUAUUUAAUUUUUGUUUUUUAGUUUUUCAACUAAACCUUCAUAAAUUGUGAAUACAACGUGGACCAAGAAUUACAGACCAUAAUGAAAAAAGAAAAUAAAGCAAUGUGACAACUGCAUUAAAACCUGAAUUAAGCUCA